CUGCAUCUCCAAUGGAUACAGCACUUUUUUAAAGCAGCCCACAUCGGGUCGAGUGGCGGCGGAACUAAAGUAGAAGAGAUACUCUAGUUUUAGUGCGAUGAUUAAUGGAAAGUCGGCGGGGAUCUUCCGGACGCGAACUUGUGCCGCCGGCCAAUCAACGGCGCACGUGGUGGCAGAAUUCCCCCAAAUCCCGCCGGAUCGUCUGAUACCGCCUUCUAGAAUGAAAGACCCUCAUCCCCACCCGCACCAAUCAGAGCACAGCUGGUCCGCAUUCGGCUGACGGGGUGGCAGCGAGUGCAUAAGCGGGCAUAAGCUGGUCUUUCUCUCCACACUGG